AUGAGUAGCUUCUCUAACGCACUCUAUGUUGUGUCUCUCCUCUUCAAUCUCUUCUUCUUCUUCAACUUCUUCCUCGUCCGUCACCAUGGGAUGCUCACAUGGACUAGGAAAUCAGCAGAAGAGGCAGAGGAGGUUGCAUCCAUAUACUGCUCAGGCCAUGGAAAAGCUUACUUGGAUGGAGGUCUAGUCUCUCAAGGAGGAAAGCAUGUAUGUGAGUGUAGCUUAUGUUAUGGAGGCCCUGAUUGCUCUGAGAUCUUGCCUAGCUGCCCUGCAAACGCUGACGGAGGAGAUCCAUUGUAUUUGGAACCAUAUUGGAUGCAACAUGAAGCAAGCAGUGCAGUAACAAUUUCGGGUUGGCAUCGGAUGAGUUACUCAUUUCCAGAAUCAGCAUUUCUCUCGGCUGAACUAACCAAGCAAAUCCUAAAAUUACACACUUCUGUUGGAAAUGCUAUUACAGAAGGAAAAUUCAUAGUUUUUGGUGUUGGAUCAACUCAAUUGCUUCAUGCAUCACUCUAUGCACUCUCCGACGACGACCGCUUGUUGAAACCCGUUAACGUCGUCGCCCGGGCUCCUUACUACCCGAUGUAUCAAGCUCAUGCAAGUAUGUUUAAAUCAAGGAACUUUGAAUGGCAAGGAGAUGCUUCUUUAUGGAAGAACAACAUAUCCAACCUUAAUUCUACCAAGUCCUUCAUUGAAAUUGUGACUUCUCCCAAUAACCCUGAUAGUAAUUUAAGAGAACCAGUUCUCCAAGGCUCAAAUGUGAAGAUUAUGUAUGAUCAUGCAUAUUAUUGGCCUCAUUAUUCAGCAAUCCCUGCACCUGUAAAUGAAGAGCUAAUGAUCUUCACAUUGUCGAAGAUUAUGGGUCAUGCUGGUAGCCGAUUCGGAUGGGCACUCAUAAAAGAUGCAAUGGUUUAUGAAAGAAUGACAACAUAUUUGAAAUUGAAUACCCUGGGUGUCUCUCAUGAGACCCAAGUGAGAGCUCUGGAGCUAUUGAAGGUGGUGUUGGAAGAUGAAGGGAAGGCACUCUUUGAAUUUGGACAUAAAGCCAUAGCAGACCGGUGGGAAAAGCUGAACAAAAUCAUUUCUCAAUCCAAGCGUUUCUCCCUUCAAAAAUUCUCUCCUCAAUAUUGCACUUACUUACAAGAUGUUCAUAGACCUUCUCCUGCUUAUGCAUGGUUGAAGUGUGAGAUGGAGGAGUAUCAAGAAUGUCAUAAAGUUCUUGAAGCUGCCGGUAUCAUUGGUCGUCCAGGUGGUUUUUUCGGCGUUGAAGACAGUUAUGUACGAUUAACCCUCCUUCGGAGUGAUGAUGACUUCAAUUUGUUAUUGCAACGACUAGAAAACUUGGUUUCAAAGGAACUUAUAGAUAUCAUUUAAA